CAUACGCGAUAAAAAAAACAACAACAUACAAAAACAGAAUAUUAAAAUGGAUGUUGCGCCAAACAUACAAAUGUUGUUAGUUCUUGUUCACUUAUACUUUAUUUCAAAUGUACUUAGUGCGGACAUAUCUGAAGAUCUGUUUAUAUGUAAGCGGAAGGAAGGUGGUGAUGGACAUAGCCAUGGCAACCAUAAGGCGGCUGGAAGACUGGAACACCGGAUGGACAAUGUUGAACGUGCGUUGCUUAAGUUUCAACAAUCGGUGACUUCCGAAAACGGACAUGUACGAAGCGUUCCCAGAGGAUGUAGUGAAAUAGCUAGAACUGGCAUGCUGCUACAGCCGGGUGUGUUUGAAGUCUCUCCGGACGGCAGGUGUCCAUUUUACGUCUUUUGUGAUGUCGACGGCUGGACUGUCAUUCAACGGAGAACACAUGGUAACGUCAGUUUUGAGCGUUCAUGGGAGGAAUACGUCAGUGGAUUCGGAAACUUGACUGGAGACUUCUGGCUUGGUUUAGAAAAGGUACAUCGCCUCACUUCCGGUGGGAGCCGACUUAUGAUUACAAUGAAUAAAUCUGAUAGUAAUACAGGAUAUCUAUGGGGAUCGUACGAAGCUGUGGAAGUUCACAGCGUUAUGAAGCAAUACGCGCUGAAUGUAGAUCCCUGGGGCUACGUUGGAAAUGUCCCAGAACUGCUUAGCUACCACAAUGGUAUGAAGUUCACCACGCAUGACCGCGAUUUGGACAAAAUGAUAGUUGAAAACUGCAGCCAAAAGUACGGGCGGUCCGGCUGGUGGUUCAACGCCUGCUUUCGGUUGGGAAACCUCAACGGACGAUUCGGGGUCCGGGAGGCGGGAGGCAUGAGCUACUGGGACAAUCAGGAUGUGUACAUCAGUGGAUCAGAAAUGAAAGUCAAGCCCAGCAAAGGAGAAUGUUGAAAAUUUACAUUUACAAGUUGUUAUGGUUGUUACUUGUGUUCUCUUGUUUACAUUUAUUAUCCUAUCAGAAUGGUACUCAGUAGGCGGAAUUUGACCGUGCAACUAGUAGCUUGUGGAUAUAUAACAACGUCAUUUCAAUAUGCGCAAUCUUCUUGUAGGGCAAAGUAUGGAACCGAACAGUUACUACACAAACCCUCGAGUCAGAUUGAAUUUAUACACUACUCGCGUUUCGCACUCAUUCUGUAUAAGUUUAAUAACUCGAAAAGUGUCUGUAGUAACACUUACGUAUAGCAACAGACGGACAAUUGCCUGCAGUAACACUUACGUAUAGCAACAGACGGACAAUUGCCUGCAGUAACACUUACGUAUAGCAACAGACGGACAAUUGCCUGCAGUAACACUUACGUAUAGCAACAGACGGACAAUUGCCUGCAGUAACACUUACGUAUAGCAACAGACGGACAAUUGCCUGCAGUAACACUUACGUAUAGCAACAGACGGACAAUUGCCUGCAGUAACACUUACGUAUAGCAUCAGACGGACACAGAAAUGGAAACAAUAUUCUUUAAGGUUUCCAUUUCCGUCCUGCCAAACGGUGGUUCCAAAAUAGCAUGUCGUGCAUCUAUCAAACAUGAUUCAAUAUAGAUUCAUUUCAAUGUUUUCGCAUUUUUGAUGGAUAUAAUUUCUUUAUUCAAUAUAUUGUUUAAGCCACGAAGACCGCAGUUACGUGUUGUUGACAUUAAAUGACCACCAAAACACA